UGCCAAUUAAACAGUGCGUGUUAACAAAUCGAGUCCCUGUUAACAAGAACAUAAAUAAAAAUGUUACUUCAAAAUUUAAUUAUUACAAUACUUUUAACUGCUAUUUUAUUCGAAAAAAAUGCCGAUGCUUUCUGCAUCCCAUGUCCCAGAGCUGGCAUCUCCCUUUCUUCCUUUACAAACUGCGAAUGUCCCAUGAAUCAAUUCUACAACGAAGACACGGAUUCUUGUGUUCCUUACACCCAGUGCCCUAUUCCACCACGCCGCAACCCUUUGCCCGAACUUAAAGCCCUCGUUCCGUCUCUUUCAAACACACUGGAUCGUUUUAUUAGUCCCAGCAAGCCUACUAAAGACCUCAUCUUAGUCAUAAAAGCCCUAAACAAACGAAUCGACGACGUAAAACGAAAUAUCCCCGGACUCUUCGGCCCUAUCGUCGGCACCGUCGCCCUCACAAACAAAGACCUUUUUGACACCUGCGAAGGCAACAUUGGAUGUGUUAUUCGAGGAGCACUAAAACGAGAGAAAAACUACGAUUUGAUUUUCCCUAAACUGAAACACGUUUUUAACUCAAUGAUUAAAAUUUUUUACGGGAUUUUUGACGAUUUGAAACAGAUGGCCAAGGAGUCAUGUGUGAAGCCGUCGGAUUGUCCUGGAAUUGAAGGGUUAUUGCGGUUUAAGGAAUUCUUCCCAGGGAACUUUGAAGAGUUGAGAGAUAUCAUUCAGAUUGUCAUGCAGGUUAACAAGUAUUUUCUAAAAGAAUUGAAGCAGUAGAUAGAGGGAAAUGUUUCUAUUUAAUUAAAUAAAAAUUCUGUAUCGUCGUGCUUUCGUAAUAAAAAAAUAAUUUCUUCUUUUA